AAAAAAAAAAAUUCACUCUUCACUUCCUCUCAGCUCUGAGCAAACACAGAAGCUCAAUUCUCUCGAUCUCAUUUUAUUUGGGGGGGUUGAGAGAAUAGAAGAAGAAAAAAUGGGCGGUGGAUAUUGGAUAAAUAUGAGGGCAUUUGAUUGGAAUACAGGGAAGACAAUAUUGGUUAUCCUUUUGGUAAUGGUGGGAUCUUUUUAUACUGGGACACUUUUUGGGAACAAAACAUCUUUAUAUGUACCUCAACAAGAGCAAGAACAGCUUGAAAAGCAACAACAAUUGUCUAUUGCUUCAAAUUCCAGUUCUUUAGAAUCUAUCUCUGGUGCUUUGAAGUUUGAAAACGAGGUGUCUCUUUCGUAUCGGGUGAUACCAUUGAAAAUCCCUGAAACAGGAGUAAAUGUCUGUCCUUUGAAAUUUAAUGAGUAUAUCCCAUGUCAUGACAUGUCUUAUAUUAAAGAGCUAAUGCCAAAACUAGAUAUUUCAAGGAAAGAAGAGUUGGAGAGGCAUUGCCCUCCACCUGAUAGGCGCUUGUUUUGUUUGGUUCCACCUCCAACUGAUUAUAAGAUACCGAUAAGGUGGCCGAUUAGCAGGGACUAUGUGUGGCGGAGUAAUGUGAACCAUACACGUAUUGCGGAGGUAAAAGGUGGACAAAAUUGGGUGCAUGAGAAGGAUCAACUUUGGUGGUUUCCAGGCGGUGGAACUCAUUUCAAGCAUGGGGCACCCGAGUAUAUUGAGAGGUUAGGAAAUAUGACAACUAAUGUGAGAGGUGACUUAAAAUCUGCAGGGGUAUUUCAAGUGCUUGAUGUUGGUUGCGGGGUUGCCAGUUUCUCUGCCUAUCUUCUUCCUUUAGGUAUAGAAACAAUGUCCUUCGCUCCGAAAGAUGGUCAUGAGAACCAAAUUCAGUUUGCUUUGGAACGAGGAAUUGGUGCAACAAUAUCUGCUAUAGCAACAAAGCAGCUGCCGUAUCCUAGCAACUCUUUUGAGAUGGUACAUUGUUCCAGAUGUCGAGUUGAUUGGCAUGAAAAUGAUGGUAUUCUACUCAAGGAAGUGAACCGCCUAUUAAGAUCUGAUGGAUACUUUGUCUAUUCAGCUCCACCAGCUUAUAGAAAGGAUAAGGAGUUUCCACAGAUAUGGGAAAAAUUAGUACAUCUGACUUCUGGAAUGUGCUGGAAGCUCAUUGCACGGGAAGUUCAAACAGCUAUUUGGAUUAAGCAUGAAAAUAAUUCGUGUCUCCAGCAUAGUGCAGCAGAGAAACUCGUAGACAUAUGUGAUUCUCAGGAUGAUUUCAAACCAUCAUGGAAAACACCUCUGAGGAACUGUAUUACCCUAAGUGACACAUCAUCUAAUACAAAGAAACUACCGCCUCAGCCACAACGUCUUUCAGAGUAUUCACAAAGUCUUAGUCGGCUAGGUUUUGGAUACAAUCUAUUCUUAGUGGAUACAAUCUAUUGGCAAGAUCAAGUUCGCCAUUACUGGAGACUGAUGGAUGUAGAGGAGAAAGAAAUACAUAAUGUAAUGGACAUAAGUGCUUCUCUUGGUGGAUUUGCAGUCGCCCUCAGUACAUGGCCGGUCUGGGUGAUGAAUGUAGUUCCUGUAACCAUGAACAACACCCUUUCUGCCGUUUAUGAUAGAGGUCUUAUAGGCACUUUUCACGACUGGUGUGAGCCAUUCUCCACGUACCCACGCUCUUAUGAUUUGUUGCAUGCCAAUAAUCUUCUGUCUCACUAUAAAGGCCGUGAAGAAGGUUGUUUGCUUGAGGAUAUCAUGCUGGAAAUGGAUCGUAUCCUACGACCUCAGGGAUUUAUCAUUAUCAGAGACGAAGAAUCUAUCAUAUCGCGAAUACAAGAUCUUGCACCAAAAUUUCUUUGGGAUGUCCAAUUACAUUAUCUAGAAGACGAUCAGAAAAAAACCAGGUCAGUUUUAUUUUGCAGGAAAAAGUUUUGGGCCAUUACCUAAUGCAGUUUUUCAUUCAAAAUCUAUUACUGAAAGAUUAAAAUCCAAGGUAAAUUCUUUUAGAGUUACAAAGUUGUAAAAUUUAUAUGAGGAAACAACUAUGCUACUGUUGUAACAUAAAGAAAAUACUGAAAUAGAAAUGCAACAUCUUAGUCCAUUGCAA